AUGGUUCUCGGUUUGGGAACCAAAUGCUACUUUUACUCUUCUCCCAUAAUCUGCAAGUCCACUGCUAAAAACAACCACGACCAUGCUGCCUAUUCUCGGGACGCCUCCUACAUCAAACGCGCCGCCGAAAUCGCUGACAAUUCCGCCGGAUUCACCUCUCCCCAUCCCAAUUUCGGGUGCGUUAUCACCACUUCUUCCGGAAAUGUCGCCGGAGAGGGCUAUCUGUAUGCGCAGGGGACCAAGCCUGCGGAGGUUCAGGCGGUGGAGGCUGCGGGCAGUUUUAGCAAAGGCGCCACUGCUUAUUUGAAUAUGGAGCCUGGUGAUUGCCAUGGUGACCACUCCGCUGUCUCUGCUCUAGUUCAGGCAGGAAUUGCCAGAGUUGUGGUUGGAAUCAGACAUCCUUUGCGGCAUCUUCAGGGCAAUGCUGUACGCGCACUAAGAGGUCAAGGUUUGCAGGUUGAUGUUGUUGGUGAGGAUCUCCAGAGUAAAAUUAUGGAGGAAGCUCGAAAAUCUUGCCUACUUGUGAAUGCUCCUUUGAUUCAUCGAGCUACUUCUCAAGUUCCGUUCUCUGUUCUCAAGUAUGCUAUGACUCUUGAUGGAAAAAUUGCUACUACUAGUGGACAUGCAUCAUGGAUAAGCAGCAAGAAAUCAAGGGAUCGAGUUUUUGAACUUCGGGGUAGAAGUGAUGCCAUUAUUGUUGGAGGAAAUACUGUACGCAGGGACAAUCCACGUCUUACAGCCAGGCAUGGAGGGGGGCAUACGCCUAUACGGAUUGUAAUGACACAAACACUUAAUCUUCCUGAGGAGGCAAACCUUUGGGACAUUUCUGAUGUUUCUACCAUAGUUUUGACACAAAGGGGUGCCAGAAGGAGCUUCCAGAAAUUACUUGCAUCCAAAGGAGUUGAAGUAGUUGAGUUUGAUAUCCUAAAUCCAAGAGAAGUUAUGGAAUACUUUCAUGAUCGUGGGUAUCUUUCCAUAUUGUGGGAGUGUGGAGGGACACUGGCAGCAUCUGCUAUUUCAUCUGGUGUGAUACACAAGGUUUUUGCAUUUGUUGCUCCUAAAAUUAUUGGUGGAAAGAAUGCACCGUCUCCUGUAGGUGAGCUUGGAAUGGUUGAGAUGUCACAAGCCUUGGAUUUGAUUGAUUUUUGCUUCGAGCAGGUUGGACCAGACAUGCUUAUCAGUGGAUUCCUACAGCCUGUACCGGACUUGGUACCAAUUAUACCAUCAGAGGAUGAAACCUUUGCAAUUGAUCCUACUAUCACCCCUUAUGAAUCGAGCAUCAUAUUCUUCUAUAAAACAUGGGAUCCUUAUGGAGCAUUUUCAAAUUUUUCUCCCCAUCCAAUUCAAAUGCCUGAAGGAAGUGGUGAUUAUGUCACAUGGUCAAGCGCACACAAGUUCUUGGGGGUAAAUGACCCUGUGGCAAAGGAUUGUGUUGAGAAGAUCAAAUCUGCAAAGAGCCCAGAGGAAGCAGCACGAAUGGGAAGAUCAAUGCAGAAGCAGCGCCCAGAUCUGGUGAGGUCUGACUGGGAAAGUUUGAAGAUUGAUGUUAUGUAUCGGGCAUUGAAGUGCAAGUUCUCAAUUUAUCCUCAUUUGCAAUCGAUGUUGCUCUCAACUGCUGGAUCUGUUCUCGUUGAAGCUUCACCACACGAUCUAUUUUGGGGUGGUGGGCGAGAAGGGGAAGGCCUAAAUUAUCUGGGCAGGCUUCUGAUGCUCAUAAGGUCAGAGUUUCUUGGUGAGUGUUCUACACCAAGUGAAAGCCCUUGCACAUCCCUAUAA